UGGUCGCAAGAUGGCGGCGCUGAAGGAGGCUCGGAGCUACGGGCUGUCGUGCGGGCGAGUGAGCGACGGCAGCAAGGUGUCCGUGUUCCACGUGAAGCUCACCGACAGUGCCCUGAGGGCCUUCGAGAGCUACCGCGCCAGCCAGGACUCUGUUUCACUGAGACCUUCGAUCCGAUUUCAAGGAAGUCAGGGGCACAUCUCCAUCCCCCAGCCUGACUGCCCCACGGAGCCGCGGACGUUCUCCUUCUACCUCUCCAACAUCGGCCGUGACAGCCCCCAGGGCAGCUUUGACUGCAUCCAGCAAUACGUCUCCAGCCAUGGGGAUGUCCACCUGGACUGCCUGGGCAGCAUCCAGGACAAAAUCACAGUGUGUGCCACCGACGACUCCUACCAGAAAGCGCGGCAGAGCCUGGCACAGGCUGAGGAGGAGACGCGGAGUCGAGGCGCCAUCGUCAUCAAGCCCGGAGGCCGUUACCUGGGCAAAAAGGUUCAGUUUCGGAAACCGGCCCCGGGGGCAGUGGAUGCUGUGCCCUCCCGGAAGCGGGCGACCCCCAUCAACCUGGCAAGCGCCAUCAAGAAAACCAGCGCUGGCAGCGUUAGCGGGGGCAGCGGGGUGUCUCAGCGGCCCUUCCGUGACCGGGUGCUGCACCUCCUGGCGCUGAGGCCCUACCGGAAGGCCGAGCUGCUGCUGAGGCUGCAGAAGGACGGCCUGGCCCAGGCGGACAAGGACGCGCUGGACGGCCUCCUCCAGCAGGUAGCCAACGUGAAUGCCAAGGAUGGCACGUGCACGCUGAAGGACUGUGUGUACAAGGAUGUGCAGAAGGACUGGCCCGGCUACUCAGAGGGGGACCAGAAGUUGCUGAAGCGGAUGCUCAUCCGGAAGUUGUGCCAGCCACAGAGCUCAGGCGGCCUCCCUGGGGACCUUGCGGCCAACAGUCCUCCGGGCGAGCAUGGGAGCUCAGCCUCACCCCCUCAGAAACGGCCACAGCCUCCUGAUUUCAUCGACCCUCUGGCCAACAAGAAACCCAGGAUAUCGCACUUCGCCCAGAGAGGUCAGCCUGCAGUCAACGGGAAACUGAGUGUGCCCCACGGCCGUGAGGCCCUGCUUCCCACCCCGGGCCCACUGGCCGGUACAGACGCCCACCUGCCCCUGCGGCUGGCGCCACCACGGGCCCACGACCCCCUGGCCGACGUCAGCAAUGACCUGGGCCACAGCGGCCGGGAUUGCGAGCGUGGGGAAGUGGCCGCCCCGGCACCUACUGAGUGCCUCAGCCUGCCCCUGCUGACGGACUGUGCCCAGCCCAGCAGGCCCCACGGCGCCUCCUUGCACGGCAAGUCCAAGAAGAAAUCCAAGAAGCACAAAGACAAGGAGAGGGCGGCUGAGGACAGGCACCGGCCCCGGCCGCCAGACCAGAUGUCGGGCCCCCUUGGAGCCCCACCAGUCGCCCCGGGUUUAAAUGGGACCUGCAGCAGCUCAAGUGUUCCCACAUCGACCUCGGAGACUCCCGACUACUUGCUAAAAUACGCCACUAUCUCCUCCUCGGAGCAGCGCCAGAGCUACAAAAACGACUUCAAUGCUGAGUAUAGCGAGUACCGAGACCUGCACGCCCGCAUCGAGCAGAUCACGCGGCGCUUCACGCAGCUCGAUGCCCAGCUCCGGCAGCUCUCCCAGGGCUCCGAGGAGUACGAGACUACUCGUGGGCAGAUUUUACAGGAAUAUCGAAAAAUCAAGAAGACCAACACCAACUACAGCCAGGAGAAGCACCGCUGCGAGUACCUGCACAGCAAGCUGGCCCACAUCAAGAGGCUCAUCGCUGAGUACGACCAGCGGCAGCUGCAGGCCUGGCCUUAGCUCAAGGCCACAGGGCAGGAGGCCCCACCCAGCCAGCCAGGCCAGCUCACCUCACCGGGCUGACCGUUCUGGAUGGUGGGGGAGCUGGGGGUGAGGGGGAGCUGAAGAUGAGGAAACAAGAGAUUUAUUUGGAAAAAUAAACGUGAGGAAGACGCAUUCAUCUGAGCCAGGAACGCCGGCUUUCAGGGGAGUCCCUGCAGCCCUGGCGCCCACAGGUCACACAGACCCAGGUGGGGUGUCCACCUCCCCCGGGGCCCCACACACCUCCUGAGCAGCCUCCCCACCCAGAUGGGCUCCCCAAGAAGCCCACCUCCUCGCCAGCCCCCCCCCCGCCCCCCAGGGGCUUCAGCUUCCUAUCAGUGAAAGACUCCAAGGCCGGCCUGCCUGCCUGCCUUUUCUAGUUUUAUACAAAGACAGCCACUUUUAGCUACUGCUUAUGAGACUUGAGUCUAUUUUUAUACAAAAGAGAAAGCAUCUUUUUUCUAAACCUGUGCCUCCCCUCCUUGGACGCCCAGGGUCUAGGCGCUGCCCUGUGUCCUUUCUACAGUAUUACAGAUGCUCGGGAAGUUCGGCAUUGUUCUGCGAGCUCCAGGGCUCCCAGGAGAGAACCCGUGGUGGGCGGGCAGGGGUGCCUCUCCCACGCUGGUCUCCCUCACACACAGCCUCUCCCUGGCUCUUAAGAGGGUGGGCAGCGCAAUGCGACCCCCGCAGCUCUAUUUGGAAAACUCCAGCUGGUCCAGGAGCAGCUGCUGGGAGCCACCAGGCCCGCCCUGCUAUUCCAGGCCCUCAGCUGUCAGGGGUCACUGGGAGUUUCUGUGCUUGUAGCCCGCGCUCUGCGGCAGCAGUGUCGGAUUUUAUUUUAUUGUCUUCUCAAUUCUCCCCUUUGCUGCUGCUCUUCGUUUCGCACUGUUGAGACCAAGUGGUCUCCAUGCUGUUGACCUCGCCCCGCCCCUCAGCCCACUUGUGGGUCCUGGGGUCGUCUUUGCAGAGCCGCCAUGGGGUUUGCACUCAGGGAGGGGCUGGGGGGUCAAUAG